UCAAAUACAACUGGGAGAAGAAAUCGGAAAUGAAUAACCUUAAAACCACAACUUUUUUUAAGAAGUUCUUGAUUGUUAUUGUUUUAGUUUCAUUUUUAGGCUUAACAAAAUCACAAGAAGUUGAUGAUGAGAGUGAGUUUAGUUAUGAAGAAGAUAGCAAAAACGGUCCGGCACACUGGGGAGAGAUUAAGCCAGAAUGGAGGAUGUGCAACUCUGGCUCAACGCAGUCUCCCAUUGAUCUGCUGAAUGAAAGGGUUGAAGUUGUCUCUCACUUGGGGAGGCUUCACAGGGAUUAUAAGCCCUCCAAUGCCACCCUAAUCAAUAGAGGUCAUGAUAUGAUGUUAAGUUGGGAAGCUGGUGCAGGGAGUAUUCAGAUAAAUGGAACACUAUAUCAACUUAGACAAUGUCAUUGGCAUUCACCUUCAGAACACACUCUCAAUGGCAGGAGGUUUGAUUUGGAGAUUCACAUGGUCCAUGAGAGCAUGGAUAAUAGGACUGCUGUGAUUGGAAUCAUGUACAAAAUUGGGCGCCCUGACUCCUUCUUGUCCAUGAUGAAGCAAGAUUUUAAAGCUCUUGUUGAUACGCGUAAUGUUGAGAGAGCAGUGGGUAUUAUUGACCCAAAACUUAUUAAACUGGGCAGUAGAAAGUAUUACAGGUACAUUGGUUCACUUACAGUUCCUCCUUGCACUCAAGAUGUUAGUUGGACAAUUUUGAGAAAGGUAAGGACCGUUACGAGAGAACAAGUAAAACUGUUUCGCGAAGCAGUACAUGAUGAGUACGAGACCAAUGCAAGACCAAUCCAACCAAUAAACCAUCGUCGUAUAAAGCUCUAUAGACCAAGAGAUAAUGAGAACUGAAAUUUUCUUUACUAUAUAUGUAAAAGUAUUAUUCAUAUGGAUCAUUAUUAGUUAUUUUCAUAAUAAUUAAUGAUCUGGCUAGUUACACCAUUAGAGAGCGUGUUACCAUACUAUAGAGAUGGUAAUCCAUACGAUUCCGUCUUCAGUGUACUUAACUAUCAUUGUCAUUAAUACCCUCGAGUAUUGUAUUCUUUCGAUUAUUUAUUUAUUAUGAAUUUAAUAAAGGUGAUAUUUUUAUGCC